UUUGAUUCAUAUUCCAAACGACUGUUCUAAGCAAUGAAAACGGCAUCCAAAAAACCAAAAGCUGACUCUCUCUCUCGCUCGAUGAACCCUAAUUUUUCAUCUCAACGGCUACAGAGCAGCUAAAGAAGAGUUGAUUGGGAUGUGAUCUACUGCUGUUUGAUUCAAUUUAUGAAGCAAACAUUUGAUAAAAAAAAGAUUGUUUCCUUCAUUUAGAACUUGGUGGCCUUGUGCUCAAAUAGACUUUGAAUUGUGUGAGAACAAUUCUUAAUACGACAAUUGUUAAGGAAAUUUGUGCAAAGAAGAUCCAAGAAGCUGAUACCAUAUGCUAUUUCUCUAUGCUUUCUUCUCUUUUAAAAACGCGGGGGGACUUACAUGGCUUUUGCCCCUCCGCAAUUUCACCCUGAAUGCCAUAACGAUUACCAACCUUUGCUGAUGGAACAAUCCACUAACUUAUCUAACCAAGAACAUGUCAUAAGCCUUUCAUGGGUCCCUGCGACCUCUUCAGGCUCUAGUGCUGGCCCUCUUGAAUCAGAUACAUCUCAAGGAAGACCAGAUACACGAAAUACAAGGCAACCAAAUGGUUCAGCCUCUUCCUCCUCAUCCUCUUCAUCUUCAAGAAAUGGCUCUCUGGUUAGGAGAAGUGGCGAUGGGUAUGGUCGUCGCCGUAGGAGUCCUUUGAAUUCGGGGUUAUGGAUUUCCAUUGAGUUCACAAUCGUUUUGAGCCAGAUUAUUGCAUCGAUUGUUGUGUUGGCAUUGUCUAGGAAUGAGAAGCCACAAGCCCCUUUGUUUAUUUGGGUUGUGGGUUAUGCAUUGGGGUGUGUUGCUACGCUCCCCCAUCUUUACUGGCGAUUUAUCCAUCGAAACAAUCGUGGGUCUGAGCAAGAGGCGACACGCAUGCCUCUCAGUUCCAGUCAAAGCAAUGCUUCUCAAGAAAAUGCUUCUUACACUGCCAUAACUGUCUCUUCUUCUCAUGAAGACCAAGAAAGCCAUACUACAACUGCAACCUCGUGGAUUGGCCAAGAUCGGGUCCCUUCUAAUCCAAGCACAAUUUCUCUUAUUUUGGGAUUUGUAUCGUUCUCCACUGUGAUUGUCAAAGACUACAGGAGGGAGGAGGUUUACUUCGAAGUGUGCCUAGUCAGGAGGCUUGGCAUGAUUAUGGACCACUUCAAAAUGGCAUUGGAUUGUUUCUUUGCAGUGUGGUUUGUGGUAGGCAAUGUGUGGAUCUUUGGAGGUCACUCUUCUUCCUCUGAUGCUCCCAAUCUGUAUAGGUUGUGUAUAGUGUUCCUUACUUUCAGCUGUAUUGGCUACGCUAUGCCAUUCAUUCUGUGUGCCACUAUUUGUUGCUGCUUGCCUUGCAUUAUAUCCAUCCUUGGUUUCCGAGACGAUCAGUCUAGAACUCGGGGAGCUACCACUGAAGCCAUUAACUCUUUGCCAACUUGCAAGUUCAAGGCAAAGGGUGUAUGUGAAAGAAAUAGAGAAAGAGAAAAUGGAGAGAUAGAUUCAGAGGUAGGAGAAGGUGGUGUAAUAGCAGCUGGCACUGACAAGGAGAGGAUUGUUUCAGCAGAAGAUGCUGUCUGCUGUAUCUGCUUGGCCAAGUACGAAGAUGAGGAGGAGCUUAGGGAGCUUCCAUGCUCCCAUUGCUUUCAUGUUGAAUGUGUCGAUACGUGGCUCAAAAUCAAUGGUUCAUGCCCCCUUUGCAAGCAUGUUGUUGGUGAUCCAGGUGGUUCGGGCCAUGCCCCUGACCAGGCCCCCAGCAGGCCACGCAUUGAGAGGAGAAGUGGGUCUGGUGUGGCUGCAUCUGAUGUGUAUGGGGCCACAUUGUUCUGAUCGCGAAGCCUGUUUCUCUCUCUGGUUUACUGUCUUUCUCUCUCUGAAUAUUUGUGAGUGUUUAAUUUGGAUACGAUGCUCAGAGACUAGAGAUUGACGGGACACGCUCUCUCUCUCUCUCUCCCUCUCUCUUUCUCUCUCCUCUCUUCUCCCCCCCAAAAAUCUGAGCAUUGGUAACUAUUUUGUCCGGAAGUGAACAAGUUCAGAGAGUUUGGAUCUCUCUCUGGUGAAUAUUGGUGCUUGCUCAGUUUGGGGGUCAAGCUCAGCGAGCCGGAUCAUUUCUUUUUGUGAAAGUGUUGGUGAAAAUAUGUUUUGGUGAUCAACAUCCAAGAGAUGGCUGGAGUUGCAGAUUAGAUGGAAAGUAUUUGAAAAUACUCCAAUUCAUGCUGCUAGUACCACUAGAGGGCCCUUUCGAUUUUCGACGGUCCAUGCAUAGUUGGGAACUUAAUUUACUUUCUGCUGGGGAUGGUGGUGUUAUAUAUGAUAAUGAAGCGUUCCAAGUAUUCUCAGAAGCCUCUUUUCAUGUGACUUUGAUCAAUGACCCCAAAAGUUUAGUCAUGUAUCAUAAGCAAACAUAGUAAAGAUGAAGCAUUUGAGAUCUUUGGAUUUUGAAUUUGAUGAUGAAUUUAUGUACAUAAGCAAUUAUCCCGCAGUUAUUUGGUGCUCAAAAUGGUUGGAAGAUAGAUUUCCAUUUUUA